AAUCAAAGUACCUUUCACAUCACUAUCUAUCAAUCAAAUAGUUAUAGGCCGUAUUGCCCAUGCGAUAAUGGCAAACCGAAGUAGCGAAAAGAAAAGCCACUUCCUAUUUCUCUUGAACUUGAUGCGCUCGAAUGAAGCUACCAUGUCUACAUAUAUGCCCACUUUCGCAGAUAAAUCGAGCAAUGCACCCGACUAACUCCAUGACACAAUUGAUGCAUCCCAGCGCAGUAUUUCCUCGAUUAGGUAUUUUCGCUUUUACCCGCUUUUUGCAAUGCGCAAUAAGUAUCUCUUGGUGUGUGCGAAAAUCGGUGGAGCAACCAGUUUUCGAGCUGCAUUUUGACGUUGGCUUUUCUUUUACGUAACUCGCUGGCCGGGCACGAGCCAAAAACCAAAAUAAAUAUCAAUAAUAAACGGCGCCGCGCCAACCCAGUUAGUGGUUUUCACUUCACUUCACCUCACAUCACAACACUUUACUUCUUCUUCUUCUUUGCGGGAGCUACCAAUUCGGUCCGGCUUGCUCCACUAAGCCGGUAGCCAGCACGUUCCAUUAUCGCACACAUCCCAUCCGGAAUACUAAUGGACGGACAUGGUGUACCUUUGAGGAAAUGUAUAUGUAGUAGGUUCAUGUCGAUCCAUAGUUCGUUGGCCAAGUGAACCCGUCGAAACGGAAAUCAUCGCUUUGUGCACAGCCAAGUUAAAACGGCCGAGUUCAAUGGAAAUUGCCUGAUUUCGAAUUCCACACAGUUUAGUUAGGUGCUGGAGUGCCGAUUCUGCCGCCUAAAGUGCCAAAUAUUCAAAGUGAACUAUCAAAAGCAACCAUGAUGAGUGGCCAGCCACUUGGCUCGAGGGUUUGGCUGUUGUCCGGAGUGCUAUUAGUGACAUUUGCUGGGACGGAUGCCUACGGAUUUGGACGUUGCCCGAAUUAUCCAUCGAUGCCAAAGUUUAACAUGAGUCGGGUCCUUGGACACUGGUACGAGGUAGAGCGCUCUUUUUACCUUCCGGAAAUCGCCUCCGGAUGCACCACCUUUCAGUUUGAGCCGUACAACAAGGGCGAACAAUCCAAGUUUUCCAAUUUCAAGCUGGCUGUGGCCAUUAAAAACAUAAAUCGCAUAACUGGUAAUCCGAAUGUGAACAUUGGCUAUGCAACGCCAGAAAACAGCCGAUCCUCCAUCAUGGACUUUAAGUUUACCACCCGAUUUCCGGACGUAAUUGCCCGACUGCUGCCAGGUUCCGGAAAGUACCAGGUGCUCUACACGGACUACGAGAACUUCGCCAUCUUGUGGUCCUGCGGCAGCAUCGGCUCACUGGGUCACUCCGAUCAGAUCUGGAUUCUUGGGCGUGAUCGGGACUUCGAGGUGGAUGUCCGCUCCAAAGUUUACGACGUGUUGAAGCGACUCUCUCUGGAUCCGGAAAGGCUGAUCAUCAGCAAAAACAAACAAUGCCCCGAGGCGCUGUAGGAGGCUCUUCCAGCGGCUCAUCCCCCAUCUAUAUGUUUAAGUUCAUUCGGUUAAGGAACAAAUUACAUUUGAUGCCUAAUCAUUUAGGCUGCUGUGAUAUCGAGGAGUGUGAAUCGGCGGAGAGAGGCGAAGCAUCGCAAAUACAGAGACAAACAAGAGUAACUCGAUCGGGAUUUUCAAUACAUGAACUCAUGCCCGCAUUGCCAAUUAACGCGGGUGUCCUAAUUAAUUUGCAAUAAAUAGAAUUUCCCAGUCA